UAAUAUCAAUAUAGACAAUUAUUAUUUAGCACCAAACCGCUUGGAUCUAACGCGCCCGCUAUUUUUCUAGAUUUUAUUUUUUUACGGAGCCAUAUUGGAUCGUGCGUGCGUGUGCAUGUGUGCCUGCUUAUGUGAUUUGCUUUUUUAUUUUUGGCGACGGGGUUGUUCAGGGGUCUCGCUGUUUGUAGGGCAUACCAGUUUGUGGGAGCUAUGAAUUUUGAAUUCGAAAGGGAGAUUGGAUUUAUAAACAGUCAGCCAUCCCUCGCAGAGUGCCUGACGUCCUUCCCCGCCGUCCUGGAGUCAUUUCAAACUUCAUCAAUCAAGGAGUCGACAGUAAUUCCGCCUCCCUUCGAGCACACCAUCCCCAGCCUCAGCCCCUACACAGGCAGCCAGCCGAGACCGGCUGCACGAAGCCAACAGAACCGAAGAAACGGCUCCACUAAUGGCAUCCAGACGCAGCACAGAGUCGCCCAGCAGCCGUGCCCGCCCGGCCAGGGCCUGUCCCCCGCCGCUGCGACUCAGGCGGGUCCGCUGGCGCACGAAUUCCCCUGGAUGAAGGAGAAAAAAUCAUCUAAAAAGGGCCCCAAACCAGGGAACAGCUCCAGCAACGGAGGAUCCAUCAUUCCAUCCGCUUCAUCCUCCCCAUCGCCCACCGCCUCCGGGUACGCAUCUGCGGGCGUCGAGUCACCCACAGAGUCGGGGCAUGCGGGGCAGGACGCUGGGCCAGGCGGCUCUCGGCGGCUCCGCACCGCCUACACGAACACGCAGCUUCUGGAGCUUGAGAAAGAGUUCCACUUCAACAAAUAUUUGUGUCGACCCAGAAGAGUGGAGAUCGCUGCGCUGCUGGAUCUGACGGAGCGUCAGGUCAAAGUUUGGUUCCAGAACCGGCGGAUGAAACACAAGCGCCAAACACACCACCGGGACGGCGGCGGAGGCCAGGAAUCGGGGGAGCCGGGCGGUUUCGAGCCUCUCGAAGGCGCGGACGCGUCCUCGCCGUAUUCCAGCCAGCCGCUUGAGGCAUCUGGUACCGGGGAGGCGUCGGAAGGCGAGGCACCGAGCAGCAAUCCAUCUUCGGACGCCCACACCACUGACAGCGGAGACAAUGUGGCGAAGGGGGAAGGACGGUCCGCACUCCCACUCCUGCCGGCUGCGUCCUCGGAUGUAGCCCACCACCACUCGCCGCCAGCAUUUUCUCACACGGACUGCCGCAGCAUGCAACCACUCGAGGAAAACGGCUCGGAACCGUCCUCGGAUCUGGUGUUCUCGGAGCAGCGGGACUUGUCCAGCACCCCCCCGGCGUCCUCCUCAGCGCUCUCCGACCUGACUCUGUUCGCGGGAGACGCCUGCCUCUCUCCAAGUCUACAGAGCUCCCUGGACAGUCCGGUGGAUUUCUCCGAGGAGGACUUCGACUUGUUCACAAGCACACUGAGCACCAUCGACCUGCAGCACCUCAAUUUCUGAGGUCCGACAUCAAGGGAUCAAACAUCGAAGCUUCACGGAAACAUUUCUGAAAAGAAGAAAAAAAAAUCCUUUUGCAUUCUUAACAAAUACAUUUUUAAGAGAAACUACUACUUGUUUUUCGUUGUUGUUUUUUUUUAGACAUCAGGAUUUUUUUCAUUCCUGUGUGGAAUUAUUUUCUCCACUCCAGGUAUUAAUUAUUGUUUUUUAUGUGUAUAUUAUUUUUAUUAUUAUUAUAAUUAUUAUAAAUCCGAAUUCUUCGUUCUAUGUAGUUUCAUGAAUAAUCUCAGGAACUGAGUCUCUUUUUAGAAAAUCUAAUCUGGAGAAUGAAAGAAAUGGGAAUCUGCUGUCGACCCCAAGUUUAGACCUUAGUUUAUUUAUUGAGAGUCUUUAUUAGUGUAAAUCCGAAAUUAUUUAUUGUACAUAUAUUU